UAUUGAACACCGCAGACUGGCUUUGCAAGAGAGAGGACACACUUGCUGAACAUCUUAAUCGGGCAACUUUCAACAAUUACCACAUUCCCGAGUUCGAUCCCAAGGAAUACUCACGUGUGUUGCUCUGUUUUUCGCCGGGGAAAAGAUCGGCCAUGCCCCGCCUGUAUGUGUUCCUGGCUGUCCUAGUCUAUACAUGUGUGUCCGUGAAUCGUAUAUCGGCGGAGGAAUUGAAAAGCAAGUCAAAAACAGAAGAGAACUAUUUCUCUCCAGGAGAACUAAAAUGGCCGACCGGGAACGGGGUAUAUGAAGACGAGAUACAAGCUUUGGACGAGGAUGGCAAAGGAAAUGUAGGACGUAUUGCCGAAAGGGAGAACCGGUCUUCUGGGACCUCUCUGUGGACAAAGAUCCUCAACAGAAUAGGAAAAACACAGGAAACAUUCGGCUCUUCCGGUCAGUAUCCGAACUUGCCUGGCAAGGCAAAGAACGAAAGGCGGUAUAUAGCUCCCCAAAGUGUCUGGGCAAAGCUCAAGCGGAAUCAACCCGGGAUGCCUUCAUUUGACGCAGAGCGAGCAAUGAAUGACGGGAAAUUUAUAACACAGAACAAGAAACGAGGCCUGUCUAUAAAUGGCGCAUUAUCUUCCUUGGCGAAUAUGCUUUCGGCGGAGGGUCAACGCAGAGACCACGCCGCGGCGCUUCGACUUCGACAACGCCUUCUAGUGGCAGGAAAACGUUGAUCAAAGAGACGCAAUUCAUGGAUUCAAAUUUGUUCGGUCUUAAAAGACUUCUAGUGACAAUCUAACACUUCCCAACGAAAUAUCGUGCUUAAGGGCAACAGAGUGUAAACAUGUACAGGUUGGAAUAUGACUUUCAAAUAUUUUUGAAAUGAUGACAGUGAACUUACGGUUCAGUUGCAAGGAAUAAGUCAACAACAUUUUUAAUAUGGAUGGUUUUGAAUUCAAUUUUAUUGUGAUAAUGAUAACCUCAAGUAAAGGAUUGUUCGACAUAUUUUCACGAGGUCGGAUCUGACAACAUACGUGAACACUAUUGUUUGUGUUAUAAACAGAGACGAUUCUGUUCCGUAUUGCAGCCGCUCAAACAGAGCAUGAAAAAUAGAUGGUCCACAUUUUAUUACUGACAAAUACAUUGGCAUUAGUUCUUGUAAUGCAAAGUUGUUCUAGCCUGUGUUUUUUUAUUUGCAGAAAUUUAGACAGAUACAAAGCUCAUAUCUUAUAAUAAUUAUUGUGCUUUUCUACCAAGCCAUAUGCCCAAAUGCCCUUCGCUUGUGUUGCUAGUAAACUUUGACAGUAAAAGUUAAACCGAUAAUGUUUUCAAAAAUACAGAUUACCAUUUUUAAUAAGUGAAUGUUUCAUCAACCUUAACAGGCCGUUGGAGGUGUUAUUAGACCUAGUUUAACAAGACGACGACUUACAAUCUGCUCCCUGUUCGACACCUUGCCCUUGCGCAUCUUCACCACUCUGUUUAUGCAGCAACAGAAUUCAUUUGGUUCUGUUUGCAAUCGUCCCAUUGAGAUUCAUACCGUUUACAAAGAACAAACUCUGCGCUAAAUCCCCCGACCCCAAUUCCGUUUCCGUUAACGUUAUUCCGUAACGAUUGUGAAUUCAACCAAUUAAACUGCUGUGGAACGCUGAAGUACUUCACGACAAACGGAGAUUUUACGUUAAUGGGGUGUUGUUAAUAUCUGCUGGGAUUGUAAAUCGCCAUAUUCCAUAAGCUGUACAAAUUUAUACCAAUGAUAAUGUUGGCGAUAUUGGAAACUGCCUUGAUUCUUUGACUACAAUAUGUUAACACUCGAAGCUCUUCACGUACGGUAUUAUUUUGUUUAUUUGAGACAUAUCAAAACAUGAGGCAACCAAACCGCUAUGAUAUUGGAAUUGUUAUAUCACACAGCGUGAAUGACUGUUUGUUUGGUUCAGAACUAUAUGGGCAGGAUCCAAGGACAACCAUUUCUCACGGAGGAAACUAAAGCGUGUUAUGACAGAACUGAGGGUUUAACGUCCUUAGGGACAGCCUUUAAACAAUCGUUGCUAGGGGCUUAAGUUUACCGGAAUUUCGAGGCAUGAAUUCUUGCUCUAUAUUUGAUAAACAUUUAAGAUAUAUUCCAAUCAGUUUAACAAGUACCCGUGGGGGGUACUUGAUAAUGAUUCACACACGAUACAUAGCUAUGAUUCAAUUACAACAGAUUAAUUCAACACAUGAAUUAAGGCGGGCGUCGCACUAUCUGCACUGGCUUGCUCAAUAUAUAUAAACAUGUUCACGAACAGAUUCUUUAUGUAGUAUAACUAAAAAUAACGAAUGUUGUAUUCUUCCUAAUAUAUUUUGUUGUGGAAUAAAGUGAUUGUUGCCAGUUA